CGCCGUCGCGUAUCGUCGCGCCGCUGUCACCGCCACCGUCCGGCCGCCGAAACCGUCAUCGUCGUUACCGCUGCCGUCAUCGGAUCUCUCGUCUUCGUCGACAAAGUAGUGAAAGCGUAGAGCCGGCUCUUCUGUCGUUCUUCGUGUCGUUCUCGCGUGCGUAUAGCUACGUAGGAACCGAUUGCACAGCGUUCCCUGGUCGCACGACGUCGUAGAGGAGAGCGGACGCGACGAGUGCAAGGCGUAUCACUGACGCAGACUCGGACUGAGCCUCUCGAGAGGGAGAAACGCGUUUCCGCGUUUCGCACAUAUUCGACGUUCGACUCGCGCGACAGUCGCGAGGCACCAACCGACUGAGUGUUCCUUCUUUCUCUCUCUUUCUCUCUGUUCUAUUCUCUCUUGUCACUGGUGAUUCUCGUCCGGUGCGAAUAUGAAUGAAGAAUACGACGCGAUCGUGCUCGGCACUGGCCUCAAAGAGUGCAUCCUAUCGGGCAUGUUGUCGGUCAGCGGCAAACGGGUGCUGCACAUCGACCGCAACAAGUACUACGGCGGCGAAUCGGCCUCCAUCACGCCUCUCGAAGACUUGUUCGGCAAGUUCAAAGCCCCGUCACCGGACAAGAGUUAUGGCCGCGGUCGAGAUUGGAACGUCGACUUGAUUCCUAAAUUCCUGAUGGCGAACGGUCUUCUCGUCAAACUGCUCAUUCACACUGGAGUGACGCGUUAUUUGGAGUUUAAGUCGGUGGAGGGUUCCUACGUGUACAAAUCGGGGAAGAUCUCCAAAGUACCAAUCGAUCAGCAGGAAGCCUUGUCCAGCGAUUUGAUGGGCUUGUUUGAAAAGCGACGCUUUCGCAGCUUCCUUAUGUGGGUACAGAAUAUGCAAGAAGAUGAUUCGAAGACGUGGGAUGGUUUCGAUCCUUUCAAUAACAGCAUGAGCGCGCUAUACAACAAAUUCAGUCUUGACAAGAACACGCAGGACUUCACUGGACACGCGUUAGCGUUGUACAGGGACGAUGACUAUAUCAGCCAAACCGCGAUAAUCACUAUCAGGAGGAUCAAACUAUACAGCGAUAGUUUAGCGCGAUACGGAAAGUCGCCGUAUCUUUAUCCGAUGUAUGGUUUGGGCGAGCUUCCUCAAGGAUUUGCGCGACUUAGUGCUAUUUACGGUGGAACAUAUAUGUUGGACAAGCCAAUCGACGAAAUCGUAAUGAAAGACGGCAAGGUGAUAGGUGUUCGUUCCGGUGAUGAAAUAGCUCAAUGCAAACAAGUUUUUUGUGAUCCUACAUACGUACCUGAUCUUGUGAAGAAGGUUGGUCAGGUAAUAAGAUGCAUAUGCCUCAUGGAUCAUCCGAUACCAAAUACGGCCGACGCGCUAUCCACGCAAAUCAUUAUUCCUCAGAAGCAGGUUGGUCGCAAUUCCGACAUCUACGUAUCGCUCGUGUCUCACACUCAUCAAGUCGCGGCGAAAGGUUGGUUUAUAGCCAUGGUCUCUACCACAGUGGAGACGAAAAAUCCCGAAGCCGAGAUCAAACCCGGUCUGGAUUUACUCGGUCCGAUAAGACAGAAGUUCGUCAGCAUCUCUGAUUACAUGGUGCCUGUCGACGACGGUCUCAACAGCCAAAUAUUCAUAUCCACUAGCUACGAUGCGACUACGCAUUUUGAGACCACUUGCUUGGACGUGCUCGAUAUAUUCAAGCGGGCUACCGGCGAGGAGUUUGACUUCAAUAAGGUCAAGCACGAGCUGGGUGACGAGGAUCAGUAACCAUAAUUGGGUGCGUGCAACUUUGUCACACAACUUGGAGGAGAAUUGAGAGCGCCCUGCGAAUUCUCGCGUAUUCGGAAUAAGAAAACAUCGCUCGAUAUACAACACACGGAUACCGACCACGUCGGUAGCGAUUAUGUCUCAAGGCAGAUACCACGGAACAAGUCAUGCUGCGAACAGACCUGUGCCUAAUUAUAAAUGUAGAUUCUCUUUGACAGAAAGUGAAAAACGAUGGCAAAAAUUGGCUAAAUUCUUUCUUUUUUUUUUCUUCUUGUCACCUUCAGUUACCUUUCUUCAGUCGAUCAAUUUAUCCUAAAUCUCGUCUUGCUGCUGUUCUCGCGGACCCUUUGGCAGUCUCGUUCAAAAGCACAGAGCUCCAGACUUAACACAGAAAAACGAACUAUCGGAUUCGACUAACAGAUUAAGAUUAGAGAAGUUCUUAUAAAUUUAUAUUUUGCACCAGAUGUACAUUCCAUCUGCCACACACGCGUUCAAACAAGAAUAACGAAAAAAAGAAAGAGAAAAAAAAUAGACGAAGGUAAUCGAGACGUCCGUCACUGCGUGUAUACAAUAUAAAUGUAUCAUAUUUUAAUGUAUCAAAAUAUAUGAGAAUAUAGGUGAAACGUCGUACAUUGGCAAAUUCAGUUGUACAAAAAGGAAGUCCUACAAGUAUGCCGCAACUUAACCAGUCGGUCGACGAUCGAGUCACCGUAUGCCGUAAAAUAAUACAAUAAACCGUUAAACCGACAAUUGAUUCAUAAUACAAGUAACACAAGCGAUGUAAGUACCACAUUUGUCUAGAUUAGCAUCUGUACACACCUAGAUUAUAAAUAUUUCCGGAAAGGCUUAGCUACUGUGAAUUAUGGGAAUUUACGUUGGCCAUGUACGGGUAUCGGUUAGAUUUAGGUUAUCUGAACUGUAUUUAUUGUCUUUGAAGAAAAACAAUCGAUUGAAUAAUAAAUAUACUUUUAUAUGAGUCGCCGAGACGCGCGGGCGGAGGUGUUUCGUUAACUUUCCGUUGCUUAUCGAUCGUAUACCAAAAUUAGACUAAAAUUAAAACUCCAAUGUAAAGCUUUAUAUAUAUUCGCGUAUAUAAUUGUAACUAUCUUCCUUUCGUCUAUCGCACAUUCGUUUAUCCUUUUAUUGAGGAAAGAUUUAGCGAACAAGUCGUGAGUAUCAGUAGCCUGGGUAGAUAUUUCCAACAUGAGCGCAACGGAAUUAGAGCUAGUGAAAUUUCAUAUUUGUACACGUCUGAGACAGGAUUGACGAAAAGUAUUAAGAGAAAAAAAAA